AUGGAGAAAAGUACGGUGUUAAUAUUAUUUACUUUGGCUCUGGUUCCUGUGGCCAAGUCCGCCAUUCCAGGAACGUUUUUUUGGAAGCCGCGCAUGGCUAUUGACCUGUCCAUUCCUACUGGUAGGCAUAGCGGAUCUCUAUUACGGUCCGGUUCAUAUCCUACCAAAGAAAACAUCAGAGACGGUCAAGUUGUUCUCAUUGACGGAUAUGAAAUGGGCUUAACUGCAAUUUGCUUUGCUGAGGGUGUAUCUACUGCUAUGGUAUUUGCUCAUCUUAAUCCAUUAAAAUCUAAUUUUUAUACUGACGUCUACAGAUGGUUACUGCGAUAUAUUAAUAUAAUACCUGAGUGGUUGAAUGGUGAAGAGAACAUCGUAGACACUACAAAAUUAUGGCGUCGUCGCUUUUAUAAUGUGGACUCACUAACACCAAAAAUUCUAAGACCUUUACUCUUUUAUAUACCAAAAUCUCAGUGGGAUGCCGAGGAUAAGGAAAUGGUAUUAUUCAAUAAAUACGCAAAGGGUGCAUUUUCAAAACAUUUACGUCUGCCGAGCAAGAAAUUCAACAAUUUUGCAUCAUUCGAAACUAUUGAAACCAGUGAGUCUGAAGAGUCUUCAAAUUAUAGUUAA